AAUGGAGGAUUUAAGCAUAUUCCAUUGUUUUAUGUUUCUGUCAUCGAAAUUUAAGUUCUAGGGUUCUUUCGAUUUCAUCUUCACCUAUUCAUUCCAUAACAAAUUACUCUAAUUUCAUUCCAAUUUCAAUUCCUAAUCUUAGAUCUAGCUCUCGUUCCCAGAGCCGAUCGCUGCACCUCACUUUGAAUCUGAUUUCAAUUUACUUUGUAAAACCUUCGUUUUUCAUUUGAUUUGUUGGUUCCACUGAGUUAUUUACCAAACCGUCGUCGAUGUUUAUAUCUGGUGAUUGCGCCAAGAACUAAGGUUCAAUCGGGUAUCCCCUUUUAUUUGUUUGUAGAAUUGUGGUGUUGGGGGUCAGAAGAGUGGAAGUGAAUCCGUAGUCAUGUUCUAUGGUUCAGUGGUAUGGGAUCCAUGGCUAAUUGUAGCUCAAAUCGUAUGCGUUCAGUGCUUGUACUAUCUCACGCUGGGACUUUUCAUGGCUAUAAUUGUCGGACCUAGGGUUUCGAAGAUGAGUCUUGUUUACUUCUUUGACUAUGCUACAGUUACUCUCUCCACCGUUACUGGCUGGUCUGUCAUCGCUUCUUUCCUUCUUAGUUCUAUAGCCGGAGCUGGUUUCUUGCUUUAUUUGAUUGAGAGAGCAAAGAAGUGCCUAGAUUUUUCGGCCACCCUUUACAUCAUCCAUCUAUUCAUAUGCAUCAUGUAUGGAGGUUGGCCCUCAUCAGUAACAUGGUGGGUUGUCAAUGGUUCCGGAUUGGCAGUAAUGGCUUUGUUGGGAGAAUAUUUGUGUAUAAGACGUGAAUUGCGAGAAAUUCCCAUUUCAAGACUCCGUUCAAGUGUUUGACAAAAGUAAACAAACUCAGGAAAGAAUACAUUCUUUUUCGCUUUAUAGUAGUCGCGGGAUGAAUUCAUAGCGUUGCUGUUGCUAAAAAACUCGAGACUUGCGUUUCAAACACUACAACCUCGUGGCAGUUUAAAGAUGAAGAAGCAUUAGAGUCCGGGGAGCAUAAUUUGCAUGAUGCACUUAUCGAUACGUAUAAAUCGGGUAUAGAGACACACUUUAUUUUUCUUAGAUGUCAUCAUUAACAUUCAAUUUCAUAAUUUGAUCUGUUUUUCCGUUUGUUGUUAUCUGGUGUGCAAAACCUGGUUUAUAAUAUUUCCUUUUUGUUCUGUUCUCUGCUC